UAAGGAAUAUCAACAAACAUAGCACUACGACAGUCAAAAGUUGUAGAUCUCAGCACUUUUUUAUUUAUAGUUAAAAGCAUUAAUAUUAUACGAUACACUUAUUUACGCAACGAGUCUCUAGCGAUUAGAGUUCGGAUAUCGUCGUUAUAGAUUAGACAAAAUUAUACCAUGUCUAUUAUUGUUACAUCUAUUCUGUGCUCCAGCCGUUUUCUCGACAGUUUCCUCGAUCCGGUCUAUUCUAUCGCCGACUGAAACAAGUGUUUAACCUAUUGAGUGGUACGGCUUACGCGGACAAUUGUAUUUAUGAAGAAGUUUCACUUUCCAACCAUGUCCAUAUCAUUGUGGUCGAUGUUAAAUAGAUUUAACACCGAUAAAUCUGCAUCGUAUAGCCGCCUAUCGACUGGUACUGGACACUUUCGUAUCACUGUUUGGGAUCCCGUGUUGAUUGUUGCUCAAAUAGUGUCUGUUCAAUGUCUUUACUACUUCACCAUGUGUGUUUGGAUCACUAUUAUCAGCUAUGUGGUUGGCACUUCAAGAUCAUUGGAUAUCAUAUUUGAAUUUAAAGAAUUGAGUAAGGUUAACAGCGAAAAAUUUGUUAUUGCUGUGUUUGCAUUGAAUGCACUUAGUGGGGCUACAUUCAUUUGGCGUGUUGUUGAACGAUAUCGAUUGUGUUUAGAUUUUUCUUGUACAAUACACACUAUACACUUGGCAGUUUGUUUGUGGUAUAACAGGACAUUGCCCACUCCAUUUUGGUGGUUAUUAAAUGCUUCGUGUGCAGCGAUCACUUGUAUAUGUGCUGAAUUUUUGUGUAUGCGGACAGAGUUAAACUCCAUACCUGUAAAUAGUGGUCAAACACCAAAAGUCGAUUUGUAAAUAAUACUGUAAAAAUAUUGAUUUAAUUUUUAUUAAUUGAAAACGCUUAGGAUAAAUUUUAAAAAUAUUAACAUGUUAUUUAUUGUAAAGUCAGUCAUAGUUUGUUUUAUUUUUACUCAUAAAUAUUAAUAUAACAUAAGUUAAAAAUUAAAAAAUUUAAAAAAAAAUGUAUCACUUAUAUUGGCUGUGAAAUUACAAUAUAUAUUUAUAUAAUUUUAACAAAAUAACUUCAAUAUUAUCAUUUUAACAAUAAAAUUUAAAUUGCAAAAA